AUGAAGAGAAGCCACAAUUACAGCUCGUCAGACAGCGACCUGGACGACAGUGUUGAUGUGGAGAAGGACAGUGGAGAUGAAAAUGGACAAAUUGAUUCUCACGGCUCCAUGUCGCCCUCCACCACCACGCAAGUUCAAGCCAGAAAAAGGCGCAGAGGGAUUAUUGAGAAAAGGAGACGUGACCGUAUCAACAACAGUCUCUCAGAGCUGAGGAGACUGGUGCCAAGUGCCUUUGAGAAACAGGGUUCAGCGAAACUGGAAAAAGCUGAAAUACUGCAAAUGACCGUGGACCAUUUGAAAAUGCUUCAUGCAUCUGGAGGCAAAGGUUACUUUGAGGCUCAUGCUCUUGCUAAGGAUUACCGCAGCCUGGGCUUCAGGGAGUGCCUGGCAGAGACCGCCCGCUACCUGAGCAUCAUCGAGGGCCGGGACAGCACGGACCCCCUCCGCGUGCGCCUGGUGUCCCACCUCAGUAACUGUGCCUCUCAGAGGGAGGUGCACUCUGGACUGGAACACUUGGCCUGGGGCUCUGCCUACGGACCUGCCCCGGCCCACCUCCCCCACCCUCUCCUCCUGCAACACCCCCAGGGCAGGACACCUGCAUCCAGGAGCAACAGUAGCCCUCCCUCUUCCUCCCCUUCCUCCUCUUCAUCCUCCUCAUCCUCCACUGAGGCAUCUGGGACCUCCAGACUCGGUGUCAUGCCCCCCACAGAGUCCCUCAGGGUGUCGCUGCCCCUCGCUUUGCCUGUGCCAACAUCAAAGCUGUCGCCGCCGCUCCUGUCAUCCCUCUCCUCGCUUUCGGUCUUCCCCCUCUCCUUCGGUACUUUCCCUCUCGUCUCCCCGACCGCCCGCAGCACUGUGAGCCCCUCCUCCACCCUGUCCAAGCCUUACAGGCCUUGGGGCACAGAGAUUGGGGCCUUCUGA